CUGUCUCUGCAGCCUCACGCAGCGCAGUGGUGCCACAGCAGAUUCCCUCGGCCUUUCUGAAUGCUGACAUGGGGCCCCCAGAAGCAAGGCCAGGACCGUGCUGGCGGGUUUUGCCGAAGCGGGAGAACGUCCCCUGAGUUCCCCAUGCUGAGCGUACAGAUGUCCCUCGGAACCAGGACUGACGCCUGGUGCUAACUGGCCCAGAGUGUAGUGGUGCUGCCUUGGUCCAGCUACGCCCCUGCUGCUGAGGCUUGCCCAGUGCUGGGCCUGCCCGUGGUCUCCUCUACCCUGCCAGCCAGCACCCACUGCUCUCCUGGACUCACCGUGCCCCAUGGGUAGCACAACGGUGCCUACUUCUCAGAGCUGUGCCAAGGCCUUGCCCGCCACCUGUCCAUCCAGGGCUACUCUGCUGGCUCCGUUCCCAUUUCCUGGCAGGUCACUGGUGCUUGGAGACCACCUUUGAGUGAGGGGUUCCCCACAUGAGUUGCCUCAGCCACAGGACAGUGCUCAAAGUGCUGGGCCUGGACCCCCUCUUCUCCUGCACAGUUUGUGGAGUUGACUUUCUUGGCAGGCUGUGACUUGAAACGCUGCCUCCUUUGGCACCCAGAGACUACUAUGUGGCACUGCCUGUCUUACUCUGGGGGCUCUUCUCUGGGAAAGACCCGACUUUUAUGUUCUGGUCACUGACCCUGCAGUGGUAUUUUAUUUACAUGGUAUUUGUGCGGGGACUGUAGCUGCUGUGGAAAAGCCUCUACUGCCUGCCCUGCCACAAGGACAAGCAGAACUUGGUGGGCAUCUCUCAGUGAGUCCCAACCUCUGCCCGAGCCCUCUCCGGCUUGGGGCACCAUGGCACGCAUGAACCGUCCAGCCCCUGUGGAGCUGAGCUACAAGCAUAUGCGCUUCCUCAUCACACACAAUCCUACGGACGCCACACUCAGCAACUUCCUGGAGGACCUGAGGAGGUACCGGGCCACCACUGUGGUGCGUGUGUGCGAGGUGACCUACGACAAGGCCACUUUGGAGAAGGACGGCAUCACCGUGGUGGACUGGCCUUUCGAUGAUGGCGCGCCCCCUCCUGGCAAGGUGGUAGACGACUGGCUGAGCCUGCUGCGCGCCAAGUUCGGAGAGGACCCUGGCAGCUGUGUGGCUGUACACUGCGUAGCUGGCCUGGGGCGGGCCCCAGUGCUGGUGGCACUGGCCCUCAUAGAGAGCGGCAUGAAGUACGAAGACGCCAUCCAGUUCAUCAGGCAGAAGCGGCGCGGCGCCAUCAACAGCAAACAGCUCUCCUACCUGGAGCAGUACCGGCCCCGCCAGAGGCUCCGUGUCCGCGACCCCAACACCAAGGCCAGGUGCAGCGUUAUGUAGCAUGGACAUCCACCUGCUC